GACAUUGAUAUUGGUAUAUUGUUAUAUAUCUAGUGUCCCUUUGUUAGCCAUUUUGGGCAUACGCCAUUUUUAAAUUACUAGCACAAUGCAGUUGAUUAGAAAUGCAAAGACAUACAGUAUUUUUACAAUGGUUAUUCAGCAUCAUGCCCAUUCAGGUAACUGCAUUUUUGAAGUCGGUGCCACCUAGUGGCCUAAAGAUACAACAAAAUAAAAAAAAGGCUUUACUUGGAUUAUAUUUUCCUGUUAACAUAGUUUUGUUUGCAUAGGGUUGUUGUUUAAUUUUGUAAGGAGGAUUUAAAGAAACUCAUGAUUAAAAGUUAUUAAAAGUCUUCUCAUAUAAUAUAUUACAUCAACAAUACUGACAAUUAAAUCACAACCAGAUCAUGACUGUGAGGUGUUUUUAGCUCGAUUGGUGGAUCAUCACUGUGUAAGCUAAGCUAGCACAAUGAUUCGAUUGCAGGGAACAAGCAUAUGAAGAGUUUGGUUUCAAAACGAGAUAACUCUGGGGUUUUUUUCUUCAAAAAUCUUGUUUUUUAAAUGUGCAUUUCAAUUAAUAUCAAUCAAACUGCAGUUGGUUUGUUUGGAUUUAAGCCUUUAUAACAACAUAACAAAAAAUACAGUAGCACAAUAAAAACAUAACAUAAUAAUAAACAUGUUUUGACAAACAUAUUAAAAAGAGUUAUCUCGUUUUGGAACCAAACCCUCAUAUUGACAUACACAUCAAAAAGUUAUUGCUUGAAUGCACUGUCAGUUGUUUGGAUAAAAGUAUCAAAUGCAUUCAUGUUUAGACAUGAGGCUGUAACUUAGCAAUGCCUGGGAUGACAUGAAACCUGUGGUGCUUUUCAUUUAUUAUUCUUGCAUGCUCGUUUUCCUUCCUCGCCUCCACCCCAUUAUAGGAUGCAAAGUAAGGAUGCAAGGAUGGAGGAAUCAAGUAAAAGCAAAUUAAGAAAGUGAAAUAAUCUUUAUUAUCAAAUAUCAGGCCCAUAUGAACAUAAGCAAAUAUUAAAACAUUAACAAAUAAAGUUAAACAUUACUUGAGUAAGAGUUCAUAUAGCCCCACUACAUUAAAAGAAAAAGUCAAAAACAUGUCGACAGAAUCUCAAAUGAUGCUCAAAAUAAUGUGUUGACAUAGAGAAAAGUUAACAGGAGAGAUGUGUUACUUUUGAGUAUCCUGUGUUUGCUGUAGUGAGUCAUUGAAUAUGUGAGAACAUUGCUGAAAGGAAGAACAACAGUAGUGUCGAAUGAGUUGUGUGAGAGUGUUAAGAUGGGCAUCUGGCUGCUGACAGUUUGGUUAUCUUUUACUAUGGAAACAGUGGCAAAGCCGUUCAUUGUAACUCAGUGGCCAAGAGUGGCCGAGGUGAUGGCCGGAGAUGAUGUUAUUUUACAUUGUAAUAUUGUGGAGCUGUACUCGCCGUGUUCAACAGUGGUCUGGCUGAGAGUCGACCCGGAGAAAGCAGCGAUCAGUCUUACUGACAGAGUUCAAAUUAAUCCUGAUCAGCCAUCCAGUGUUUGCACCGCUCUUAUUGCUAAUUCAACAGUGCAUGACUCUGGUAUAUACUACUGCACAGCUGUGCACGGGCGCUUCGCUCAUAUUGGCAAUGGUUCACGAGUGGUUGUUAAAGAACACAUCAAUUUGCCUCUUAUCGAUAUUCUUUCACCACUGAUCCAGGACGGUCCUUUCGUUCCUCUUCAGUGUGUUGUGACCGGGAUCGAAGGCUUUCAGGAAUAUGUGUCAUGGGUUAUAGAGGGGAGAAAAGAGAAGGGACAGUCCGUUUGGACACACAGGCAUAAUGAUGCCGUACAAAUCACAAGAAACCAAAUCCUCAUAACGGCUGAAGAGUGGGAAAGAAAUGUGCAAUGUGUGUGCAAGGUCAACUUCAUGGGACAAAACUAUACCAAGACACUUCAGAGACAUGAUGCGUUGAACGGGUGCCGUGCUAUAAAAUACACAUAUGUCUCUUUGUGUAUCAUUUUUGCUCUAUUAACUUUGAUAACAUUGAUGGCCUAUAAAAGGAGGAAACAAACUAUACAAUAAGUCUAUAAUCAUUUUAAUGAUCAGUUUUUUAUAUUUAUAAAAAUAUGGCUUAUUUUGGUAUUUCAUAAUGUAUUGACUUGAACAAUGUGUAAUUUUUAGAAAAUUUAUUUAAUGCAUUUUUUUAUG